CGCGGCUGCCGGCGUUUGUCGAGCCUGGGCUCGGCUAUGCGCGGCGGCAGCUCGGGGCGCCUGGAUGACACGCGGUACCACGACUUACGAGUGGCCCUCAGGAAGAUCAUUGACAAGGAGAUUAAUCCCUUCGUGGACAAGUGGGAAGAAGAAGGACAGUUCCCUGCACAUAAACUAUUCAAAAUCCUUGGACAGGCUGGAUUCCUUGGUGUCGAUAAGCCAACAGAGUAUGGUGGCAUGGGCUUGGACUUCUCCUACAACAUUGCAGUAGCAAAGGAGAUGGGAAAUAUCCGCUGUGGAGGUGUUCCUCUGGCUAUUGGAGUGCAAGUUGUCAUGGCUACUUCUGCUCUUACAAGAUUUGGUUCUGAUGAGUUGAAAAAAGAGUUCCUGGCACCAAGUAUAGCUGGAGAUUUAGUGGCUUGCUUAGGAGUCAGCGAAACUGAAGCUGGGUCAGAUGUUGCAAGUAUCAAGACAACAGCUGUGAGAAAAGGUGAUGAAUAUGUCAUAAAUGGUGGUAAGAUGUGGACUACAUCUGGGUGCCAAGCAGACUGGAUGUGCCUGCUGGCAAACACCAGUGAAGGACCUCCCCAUCGAAAUAAAUCUCUCAUAUGUCUGCCAAUGAAUCUACCUGGUAUUCACAUUGCUAAAAAGAUAGACAAACUGGGCUUGAGAUCAUCAGACACGGCUCAGAUCUUUUUUGAAGAUGUAAGAGUCCCCUGCAAAAACCUCAUCGGUGAGGAAGGAGUGGGCUUCAUGUACCAGAUGCUGCAGUUCCAAGAAGAGAGGCUGUGGGCAGCAGCCAGCAUGCUGACACAACUGGAAAUUCUCCUGCAAGAAACUAUUGACUACACUCGCCAGCGAAGAGCGUUUGGCCGCCCCGUCCUGCACAACCAAGCCGUGCACUUCCGCCUAGCCGAGCUGGCCACUGAACUCGAGCUCCUCCGCUCACUGCUGCACCGUGCUGUGGAUCUCUAUGUGGAAGGCAAUGAUGUGACAAAAUUUGCUUCCAUGGCUAAGCUAAAGGUCGGUCGUCUGUCUCGUGAACUGACUGACUGGUGUCUCCAGUUUUGGGGAGGAAUGGGAUUCACCAAUGAGGUUCUGGUGAGCCGGCUUUAUAGAGACUUAAGAGUAGGAUCAAUAGGAGGAGGUACAGAUGAAAUCAUGCUUUCCAUCAUAUGCAAACACAUGGAAACACUUCCAAGAAAGUGACACACCCUCAGCCUUCCUUGAAAUUCAAGCAAGCAAGAGCAUGGUUUGUCUUGCAUACUGAAGGUAACAGCAACUCCAUGUUUCAAGGGAAGAAACUAUAACAGCAAUUUUGCCAAAGAAAUGCUCAUCAUGGUCUUCAACAAUAAUCAUUCCACAUGUUCUCUGAUAUCAAGUUUGUUGGUAAAAGA